AUGGCAGAUCCUAACAAUGCUCAAUGUCGUGCCGGCCUAUGGGAUAAAGAAUUGCAGAAACUGGCCUUCGCAAUCCGUACGUCGGUCAACGACACUACGGGUGAGACUCCAGCAUAUCUCAAUCUAGGCCGCGACCCAGUGAUAUCCCUGGACCUCAUCAUCCACCAGCCGCUUCCUGAUUCUACAUCUAAUACGCCUGAAUACAAGCUCAUCCAACAAUAUCGUACUCAACUAGCCCAUGAUCUUCAAGUAACCUAUCAUUUUGUUCGCGAACACUCUGAAAUCUACAAGCUGAGUCAAAAAGCUGCAUACGAUACACAUACGAUAAAUCGCCAGUUUCAUGUGGGCGACCUGGUAUGGAUACAAAUCCCGACACCUAAAAUUGAUAAUACGACUAUUACUCAUAAACUACGCCCCAAGUUUCAAGGGCCAUGCCGUCUCCUCGAACAACUAUCCCCAUCCACCUUUAUCGCUACUCUCUAA